CCAGCCAGCCUCCCAAUUUUGAACACACACUACCACCACCUCCACAACACACAAAUGUAAAUGCACUUUCAUAUAUGAAACUGUAUAAAUACAAGGAAGCUCCAUACGUGCAAGGAUAUACACAUAAGCACCCCCAGAUUCAACCACAGAAACACACGCCUGCACAUUUGCAUAAAUACAAACACCCCUUUACAUAUAAAAAUCAUAUAAGCACAUACACGGAUGCAAGCAAGCAUGGAGAAAUGCACGGAAGCAUAAACAAACAGACAAAGCUAAGUAAAAAAGUGUGCAUGCUCACCUAUGCUUACAAAAAUACACAUACUCAUACACAAACGCCCAUACGUUCACAUGCUCAGGUGGACUUUGAUAUCUCUACCACUGUAUCCCUGCCAACAUCUAGAGAGUGGAUAAGGGAUAGGCAUCAGGUCGCUGGGUUGCCUAAGCAGGAAGUCUGGGUUCCCUAACACCUUUUUCUAAGCUAAUGCUCCUUGACGAUAAUGAGAAAGGAGGCGGGGAAUGGAUGAAGUUUCAUAACUGAGUGAAGAGGCAGGUUCAGGAUAAAAGGCCCAGUUAGAGGCUGCAGUGGGGUGCAGGGCAGUCAGACUGGAACCAUGGAGCUCAGCGUCCUCCUCUUCCUUGCACUCCUCACAGGCCUCUUGCUACUCCUGGUUCAGCGUCACCCUAACUCCCAUGGCACCCUCCCACCAGGGCCCCGCCCUCUGCCCCUUUUGGGGAACCUUCUGCAGAUGGACAGAAGAGGCCUACUCAAAUCCUUUCUGAGGUUCCGAGAGAAAUAUGGGGACGUCUUCACGGUACACCUGGGACCGAGGCCCGUGGUCAUGCUGUGUGGAGUAGAGGCCAUACGGGAGGCCCUGGUGGACAAGGCUGAGGCCUUCUCUGGCCGGGGAAAAAUCGCCAUCAUGGACCCAGUCUACCAGGGAUAUGGCGUGCUCUUUGCCAAUGGAAACCGCUGGAAGGUGCUUUGGCGAUUCUCUGUGACCAUCAUGAGGGACUUCGGGAUGGGAAAGCGGAGUGUGGAGGAGCGGAUUCAGGACGAGGCUCAGUGUCUGAUAGAGGAACUUCGGAAAUCCAAGGGAGCCCUCGUGGACCCCACCUUCCUCUUCCAUUCCAUUACCGCCAACAUCAUCUGCUCCAUCGUCUUUGGAAAACGCUUCCACUACCAAGAUCAAGAGUUCCUGAAGAUGCUGAACUUGUUCUGCCAGAGUUUCUCACUCAUCAGCUCUAUAUCCAGCCAGCUGUUUGAGCUCUUCUCUGGCUUCUUGAAAUACUUUCCUGGGGCACACAGGCAACUCUACAAAAACCUUCAGGAAAUCAAUGCUUACAUUGGCCACAGUGUGGAGAAGCACCGUGAAACCCUGGACCCCAGUGCCCCCAGGGACCUCAUUGACACCUACCUGCUCCACAUGGAAAAAGAGAAAUCCAACCCACACAGUGAAUUCAGCCACCAGAACCUCAUCAUCAACACGCUCUCGCUCUUCUUUGCUGGCACUGAGACCACCAGCACCACUCUCCGCUACGGCUUCCUGCUCAUGCUCAAAUACCCUCAUGUCGCAGAGAGAGUCUACAAGGAGAUUGAACAGGUGAUUGGCCCACAUUGCCCUCCAGCGCUUGAUGACCGAGCCAAAAUGCCAUACACAGAGGCAGUCAUCCAUGAGAUUCAGAGAUUUGCCGACCUUCUCCCCAUGGGUGUGCCCCACAUUGUCACCCAACACACCAGCCGAGGGUACACCAUCCCCAAGGACACGGAAGUAUUUCUCAUCCUGAGCACUGCUCUCCGUGACCCACACUACUUUGAAAAACCAGACGCCUUCAAUCCUGACCACUUUCUGGAUGCCAAUGGGGCACUGAAAAAGAAUGAAGCUUUUAUCCCCUUCUCCUUAGGGAAGCGGAUUUGUCUUGGUGAAGGCAUCACCCGUGCGGAAUUGUUCCUCUUCUUCACCACCAUCCUCCAGAACUUCUCCGUGGCCAGCCCCGUGGCUCCUGAAGACAUCGAUCUGACACCCCAGGAGUGUGGUGUGGGCAAAAUACCCCCAACAUACCAGAUCUGCUUCCUGCCCCGCUGAAGGGGCUGAGGGAAGGGGGUCAAAUGAUUCCAGGGUCAUUCAGUGUCCCCACCUCUGUAGACAAUGGCUCUGACUCCCUGCAACUUCCUGCCUCUGAGAGACCUGCUGCAAGCCAGCUUCCUUCCCCUCCAUGGCACCAGUUGUCUGAGGUCGCAGUGCAAGUGAGACAUGAUAGUAAUAGCAGUUAUUAAUAAAAAAAAAAUUAAUAGAGACAAAAAAA